CUGAACGUUGGGUCCUACUUUGAGACUUGCAAUAACACGAGGAAAGCCCUCGCAUAUUAACGAAACCAGCCAGGAGGGCUUUUUAAAGUACAUGACGUAACUGUAUUGCUGCUAAACGUCGCUAUUACCUGCCGAGUUGCCAAAGAAGCAAAAAGGGCCCCGGCACAAGGUUGUCUGAGCUAAAAUGGAGGUGGACGGCACGCGGCAGAGCGCUUCGGGGCUAGAAUGGAAGCUUCACCCGCUGGUGCUCAUCAACAUCAGCGACCACCACACGCGGACGCGCGCCAACACCCCCGGCGCCACGGCGCCAGGCGUGCCGGCCCCAGCAGUCAUGGGCUGUUUGCUUGGCAGCCAGAGCGGACGCAGCGUGGACAUUCGCAACAGCUUCGAAGUCCGCUACGCCGCCGGUCCGGACGGCACCCUAGACAUUGACAUCACUUAUCUGCUGAAGAAGCAGGAGCAAUACAAGCAGGUGUUUAAGAACCUUGAUGUGGUGGGGUGGUACGCCACCGGGGCAGCCAUCACGGAGGGACACCGCCUGGCGCAUCGCAAGAUCUCCGAGGUGGUUGAGAGCCCCGUGUUCCUGCUGCUGGACCCCGCGGUGGACCACACACGCAAGGACCUGCCCGUCAGCCUGUACGAGACGGAGCUGCAUCUGUCCCCGGAGACCGGCGCUCCCGGCAUGGUGUUCGUCAAGUCGCCCUACAGCAUCGAGACCAGCGACGCAGAGCGCAUCGGUGUGGACCAGGUGGCGCGCAUUCUGGCCGGCGGCAAGGCCACCGGGUCGGAGCAGCUGUCGGCCCAGCUGGUGUCGCUACACAGCGCAAUUAAGAUGCUGCUGGAGCGGCUGCGGGUAAUCCACGGGGCCAUGGGCAAGGUGGCGGGCGCGGACGGCGCGGCGGCAGAGGCGGCCUACCCGCACAGCCUGCUGCGACAGGUGUCCAGCCUGGUCCACAGCCUGCCCGCCUGCAACACGGAUGCCUUCAACCGGGAGUACCUCACAGAGUACAACGACACGCUGCUCACCCUCUACCUGGCCUCCAUGACGCGCGGCACCCACGCCGCCAACGAGGUGGUGGACAAGUUCUGUCUCGCGUACGACAAGGCGGGCCGCCGCCGCGGGCUGUAAGCAGGAGCAGGAGCAGGAGCAUUCACAUGUUGAGUCCAUGUGGCCCAGUACCAUCUUCAGAGGCGGGCCGCUUCCGCGAACUCUAAGAGGCAGCAGCCAGCGGGAUACUGGGGAUUGAGGUGGUUACGACAUUUAAAGCUUGAGUGCACUGGGUCUGCACUGCUGGGAUGGAGGGGCACCAGGGCGCACAGCACGGGUGCAUCCCGUGUAGCAGCAGGGCUGGUGAGCCGCUGGCGCGGGCUGAGAGGCGGCGGAGUUGUCGUGAGUGCGGGAUGUGACCGGGAGACACGGAUGCGCGGCGGUGCCUUCGGCCUGAGGCGUGCAGGGCAGCGGGAUAAGGGAGCUGGUGGUGGGAGGCAUGGGGCUACAGACUGGUGCGUGGGUGUUUUGGCAGGUGCACCCGCCCAGCAGGAUUGCGAGUGAGAUGCAAGGAAGUAUGGAGUUGGACAUAUCGCGAACUGUCAAUACUAGGUAGACGGCUCGCUGAUUUCGGGUGCGUGCAGAGGCAUAGCUCCAGACAUAUGCUUCGCUGGGGACCCAGCAAGGGACAAUCAGUCAUUCUGAGUAGCGGUAGGGGAGUAGGGUAGGGCGGCUGCACUAAGUGUGAGUUUCCGCGGCACCUACCCCUGCCCGAGAUGAGCCCGUGGGCGUAGGAGUACCACUGUGAGUGCCGUAUCCAGCCAUGCCUGUUUGCCGUCUGCUUGAGGGUAUGGGCAUCAGUUGCACCCUACGGGACCUCGCCAACCUGCCUUGAACCCUGUCCCAUCACACAGCCAUGCCUGUGCAGACGCGCUACUGCCAAGUUCGUUGCCGGGGACGAUAAGACAUCAUACGGU